AGGAGUACGCUGGGGGAGGGGCGGCGAGGAGGACUCCUUUUCACAAAUUUUCAGGAUUUCGUCCUGGGUCAAACUGAGACAAGGGUUUCAAAAUGUGCCAAAGGGUUGGCGCAACAGGUGCUGUGCGUUAAAGGAUGCGAGGGUUUCAUUUCCGAAAUGGAACCUGCAAAAGCUGCUCGAUGAUCCGUUAGCCCUGCCGUCUGCACCUGAGCUCCGGCUGACUCCGCCUCGGCCGCCCAGCCGCUGUGAAGCAGCUGAUUGGUAAUCGCGGUCACACUGCGGAGACUGCUCCAAUUGGAAACCGCCUCUCUCCGCAACAAGUGAAGCAGAGAAGGAGCGCGGCUGGCGAGCACCGUAGUUUCUUUGGAAGUUCGCUAGAGCAACGGUUUCGAAGACAAAUGGCUAAUGCUGGACUUGAAAUCCUGGGAUUAUCCCUGGGAGUGAUCGGAUGGCUGGGAGCCAUUAUAGCCUGUGCCUUACCCAUGUGGAGGGUGACCGCUUUCAUUGGAAGUAACAUCGUGGUGGCGCAGAUCAUUUGGGAAGGUCUUUGGAUGAACUGUAUUGUUCAGAGCACCGGGCAGAUGCAGUGUAAAGUGUACGACUCGCUGUUGGCGCUCUCGCAAGACCUCCAGGCUUCCAGAGCUUUGACCAUCAUUGCCAUUGUGCUGGGAGUCCUGGGCAUCCUCAUCUCCAUCGUCGGAGCCAAGUGUACCAACUGUAUCGAUGAUGAGGCGACCAAAGCCAAGAUUAUGAUUGUGGCUGGAAUUAUCUUCAUUCUUUGUGGAGUGUUGAUCCUGAUCCCGGUGUCCUGGUCAGCGAACACUAUCAUCAGAGAUUUCUACAACCCGCUGGUCACCGACGCCCAGAAGAGAGAACUUGGCGCCUCCCUCUACAUCGGAUGGGGAACAUCGGGUCUGCUGAUCCUCGGAGGGGCUCUGCUCUGCUGUUCCUGCCCCCCGAAGGAUAUCAAGUACACGCCUUCCAGAGUGGCCUACUCUGCCGCCAGGUCCACAGGUCACAGUGGGUACGACAGGAAGGACUAUGUGUGACAGGGCCAUUAGUCAGUGGCCGCCCUCCGGGGCUUCCCAGCAUGUUUGAACUCCUGAGGACGCCACUCUGGAGUGAUUUUAUUGUCCUUUUAUAUUGAUUUUUUUUCCGUUCAACUUAUUGUUAAAUUCACAAGACAAAGUAACUUGGUGGUGAGUGUGCAUGCAUGUGUAUGUAGUAGUGUGACGUAUUUCACCAGAUAUAGUAGCGAAGUAGCGUUUGAUUGUGAUUCUUGUAUUUGUGCCGUGAUUCCCUGCCGGUUUUUCCCUUUUGAGUUGUUUUUUUUAA